AUGAACUUCAUUCUUAGUUGGUGUGCUGCAGAGGUUAGACCUCUCUUGGAACUAGUGCUUGCAAGCUACAGAAGAGAAGACUGGCAGAAGUCGUCAUUGCCCGAUAACUCAAGAACCAUGCUGGACUACCUGCUCUACUUGAUUUUACCAUGGGCGUGUAUUGUAUUUGUGGUGGUAACCUGUGGCGGUGGAGGAGACGAAGAAGAAGAGGAAGAGGGUGCGCCGUCAGCACAAGGUGCAGCUCCAGGAGCCCCUGGCGCUCCUGGCGCACCUGGAGCACCUGGAGCUCCAGGAGCCCCUGGAGCCCCUGCAGAGGGUGCACCACCUGAAUCGCCAGCUCCUGGACCGUCUGCCGGAGAAUCUGCGUCGUCAGGAUCGGCUGCAAAACCGGAGGAGAAGAAGGAAGAAGGUAAGAAAGAGAGUGCAGAGAAGAAAGAGGAAAAGAAGGAGGAACCCAAAGAGGAGAAGAAGGGAGAAGAAAAGAAAGAGGAGAAGAAGGAGGAAAAGAAGGAAGAGAAAGAGAAAGAAAGGGAAGGACAAGAAGAAGAAGAAAAGCUCGAAAAAGAAGAGCAAGAAGAAGUCCAAGAAAAGCAAAAAAUAAUAAGAAGAUGACAAAAAGAAGUAGUGCAGAGCUAACAGUAUUAUCUAAGGUGAUGCAACACCUUUAUUUGGUCUAUGUUUUCGAAUACAAUCUAAAGGCAUCUUCUGUAGAUCUCUGCUUAUUGUGUCAUUUUUGUAAGAGAAUAAAUGU